AUGGUCAUGAGCCGCUGGGUGCCCUAUGGCGUGCUGAGCACAACUCUCGCCGUCUCCGUCGUCGUUCAUGCCUUCCAAGAGCGUCCAAACUUCUACGCAGCCUGUGUCUACCUCUCCCAGUCCUCAGCAUGCUCCAUCGUUCUUGCAAACAUGUUCUUUGUGGCAACGCUCAUGUUUGGUAAGCUACUGCAGCAUCUUUGCUUUGGCAGGCUGCGUGCAAUUGAAGUAGAGCAUCUCUACGAACGAUCUUGGUACGCCGUCACUGAAUCGUGCCUCGCUAUGACCAUCUUCAGGGAGGAAUUUGAUAGUCGCUUCCUCCUCUAUUUUACAACACUCAUCUUUGUCAAGAUAUUCCAUUGGCUCGCCCACGAUCGUGUGGACUUCAUGGAGCAAACGACAGAGGGCGUCUCCAAGAAGUUUCAUGUUCGCAUGUGCACUAUCAUCGGCUCGCUCUUGGCUGUUGACUUCUUUAUGGCCAAAUCAGCACUGGAUGACAUCUUCAGGUAUGGGCCGAAUGCCAUGAUUCUAUUUGCAUUCGAAUUCACCAUCCUCGGGUCAAUCAUCCUCUCUGUCGCCGGCAAGUACAUCCUCAACCUCAUUGAAAGUCGUAUGCAUGAGCAGUGGGACAACAAGCAGACGUAUGUCUUCUAUCUCGACCUGCUCGCCGACUUCUUCAAACUGGUCACCUACAUUGCCUUCUUUGCGACAGUCUUCACGUUCUAUGGACUGCCACUGCACAUCGUUCGCGAUUUGUAUGUCACAUUGCGGUCAUUCACCACAAAGUGUCGCAACUUCCUUCGCUUCAGACAAGCGACGCGCGACAUGGACACACGCUAUCCAGAUGCAACGCCUGCAGAACUUGAAGCACUCGGAGACCCCACUUGUAUUGUUUGCCGCGACGACAUGCUGCACGCCUCCCAACCCUCAGAAGAAGGAGAGCCAGCACGCUCCCCGCUCGAUAAACCCAAAAAGCUACCUUGCAACCAUAUCUUGCAUUUCAGGUGUUUGAGGAGUUGGUUGGAACGCCAGCAAAGUUGUCCA